CCGACUUAACCCGAUUAUUUAUCACCUCUACAUUGAUUAGUCACUUGGUUGAUUGAUCCUACACUCCUACACCAUCAUCGAGCAAAUAGUGAGGAAAAAAUGUAAGAGGGUGUAAAAUUACGGAUAAGCGCUCUGCGCAACCGGGUUGAAUUUGAUAUGCUGCAAGGCCUGCAACAGCCAUUGGGCCUGUCUAAGGAAGAUAAACCUCAUCAAACCCAAUCAAUCAAAAAAAGAAAAAAAAAGGCAAGAAAAACCAACGAAUAAACAACCGGCAGUUAAGGAAAGUGAUAUGUAAACAACAGAAUACUUUUCUGGAGAAAAUCCCAGCUGAAUUAUGAACAAAAAAGGCCUUGCAAUUUUGAUGAGAACACGAAUGAAACCCACAAAUUUUCCUCUUUCUCCUGAUACUAACAAAAUGUCAGCAAAUUUAGAGGGUAAUGAACCCAGAAAACCAAUUUCAGCAAAUGGUGGAGACCCAAAAUUUGAUCACUAGCUCAUUUCUCCAGAAUUUCAUGAAAGAGGAAUUGAGCUUGUGCGUGAAAGAAUGCACACAGCUAUAUCAAUGAACAAGACUGAACUUCAGGAUAAUGUUCUAAGUGAUUUCUCUGAGGGUUAUUAUGGUCUUUCUAUUGAAGACCGACGAGAGUUACUUAUGGUACUUGCCAAAGAGUACGAUCUCAAUAGGACCUAUGUUCGUGAUCUUAUGAAGCAAUAUCUUGGCCUUCAGCUUCCUGCUGGCGAUAAAGGUGAAAUUGGUGUUGAGGAUGAUGGCUCACUUUCUACUUUUUACCGCACUGAGAAGCAUUUGAGGCAUGCACUACAGCCAACUUAUGAAGUUCUGUUUGAAAGGUUGAAUACCCAUCCUGGAGGAUUAAAAUUCUUAUCAGUACUUCGUGCUAAUAUUCUUUCUACAAUCAAGGAACACAACAUUCCAUCUUUGCGAGCACUAGAUUCCUACUUAAAGGAGAAGCUUAUCACAUGGCUAAGUCCAGCUGCAUUGGAGCUUCACCACAUAACUUGGGAUGAUCCCGCUUCAUUGUUGGAGAAAAUUGUUGCUUAUGAGGCUGUUCAUCCUAUCAGCAGCCUACUUGAUCUUAAGAGGAGACUAGGAGUAGGUCGUCGUUGUUUUGGGUAUUUGCAUCCUGCAAUUCCUGGUGAACCUCUUAUCUUCAUCGAGGUAGCAUUAUUAAAAAAUGUUGCUCAGACUAUACAGGAAGUUCUUUGGGAUGAUCCUCCAAUACUUGAAUGUGAUGCAACUUGCGCAUUAUUUUACUCAAUCUCAUCUAGUCAGCCAGGCUUGGCAGGAAUUAACCUUGGAAAGUUCCUUAUUAAACGUGUGAUUGAACUGGUUAAACAAGAUAUGCCACAUAUAUGUACAUUUGCAACACUUAGUCCGAUCCCUGGGUUCAUGAGCUGGCUGAUAUCAAAGUUGGCAUCACAAUCUAAGCUUGCAGAAGCAGAGACUAUAGACAUGUCAGGUUCUUCCAAGGAAAGUACAGGUUCUACAUUCAGAGAAGAUGUGCUAACAGCAGAGGAAGAGAGAGAAGUCCUAGAUAAACUGGGGGAAUCUACAUCCGGAAAAACGGGCAUUGAAAUCAUACUGAAUUUGCUGAAAUCUCCAAACCAUGAAUGGAGCAAAUCUGAUAGGGUUUUGUUAGUGCUGAAACCUAUUUUGAUGCGACUUUGUGCCAGGUACCUUCUUCAAGAAAAAAAGAGAGGAAAAGCUCUAGAUGCUGUUGCAAACUUUCACUUGCAGAACGGGGCGGUAGGUUCAAGAACUUUGAGUUUUGUUUUCCUGAAGUUGAUUAAUUUUAAGACUGGUCAAAGAAGGAAUUUACAAUAUGAAUAAACAAUAUGAGUUUUUUUUUUUUUUUGGUCAUUUUCUUUCCAGGUUUUAGAGUUUGAACUUUGAAACUCAGGGUGCUUAAUUUUAUGUUGAAAUAAUAUCUAAGCAUUGACACUGUAUCAUGCUAAUA